CCCUAUCGCUAGUACACCCAGAGCCGUCGUGAGUGUGACAUAUGCAUGACACAAACCGUUCCUGCAAUAGACUGCACAGACUGGCACAUUUCAGUUUCUGUUUCUUUGAUGUGACGCGUGUCGCGCAAGAACGGCGUUCGGCGGGAGUUAUUCACACAUGGCGGCAGCAACAUACCUGCCGACGAGUAGUGCCCUGACAUCAGAUGUGGACGGUGGAGUAGUGGUCGGCAUGAACGGGAUGAACAUCGCUGGAGGUUAUCAUAGUAGUAACUCGCCCAGAUCGGGCGUUGAUAGUGACAUGAAGUACCUUCCGCAUCAUCAACACCAUCAUCAUCACCAGCAUCAUAUGCCCGCGUCGCCGUCGCCUUCCGGGCCAGCAAUGAUGAAUCCUUGGGUUAGUUUACAAUCGUCCGAUCCGUGGAAUAUGCCAAUUCACCAUCAUCAUCAGGAUAUAAAACCUUUGGCGCAACACGCCGAAAUCUUACACAGACAGCAACAGCAACAACUUAGUUCACCGCAUCACCAUGGUUGGUCGAUGUCACAACCUUCUCAUUAUAAUCCCGGCGCUGGUAGCCCAUUGCAAACCGUUAACGGUAUGCUAUCUCAGUACCCACCGACGCCGCAACUUCAUCAUUCGUUACACCGCGAACUCCAAAGUCCACACCACCCGCAGCAUCCCGGAGAUCGAGAUAGCGUCGGUGAAGAUGAAACCCCGACAAGCGACGAUCUAGAAGCCUUCGCCAAACAAUUUAAACAAAGACGAAUAAAGCUUGGUUUCACCCAAGCUGAUGUUGGUUUAGCAUUGGGUACUCUUUACGGAAACGUUUUCUCUCAAACAACAAUUUGUCGAUUUGAGGCUCUCCAAUUGAGUUUCAAAAAUAUGUGCAAACUUAAACCUUUAUUACAAAAAUGGCUCGAAGAAGCCGAUUCGACGACUGGUUCCCCAACAUCGAUCGACAAAAUAGCGGCGCAGGGUCGAAAGCGGAAAAAGCGCACCAGUAUCGAGGUAUCUGUAAAAGGGGCCCUAGAACAACAUUUUCAUAAACAACCGAAACCUUCAGCACAAGAAAUUAGCAGCUUAGCGGAUAGCCUUCAAUUAGAAAAGGAAGUUGUAAGAGUUUGGUUUUGCAACCGACGGCAAAAAGAGAAAAGGAUGACUCCGCCGAAUACUCUCGGUCCAGAUAUGAUAGACAACCUUCCACCGAGCGGUCAUAUCCACCCAAGUUACGGCCAUCACCCAACGGAUAUGCACGGAUCACCGAUGGGUGGACAACAUUCCGUUUCCCACAGCCCCCCAAUGUUAUCCCCGCAAGGGAUGGGACACCAGCUUACGGCCCACUAGCAUCCGGCCCACUGGGCAUCGCUUCUUCACCACAGCGACAACGGCUAGCGUCUUACGCGGCGUUCAAGUCACCCACGACGAAGGACGACGUGGAGUGAACUUUCGAGAAAAGAAACUGCUACCUCAGAGAUUUCUUCUUCGCUGUUGUACUUGAUAAAACAAUGUGAUUGACAGUGGUGGUGUCCAGUGCGUAGUGUUGACCGAAAAAAUUAAAACGUUAAGUAAAAAGUACUCUUAAUUAAAAUCUUAAAUCCAUCCCCUUUAGAACUCUAAAGAACUUUAAAAAGCAGAAAAAUAAUCGGGGAGAUUUUACAAAGUUUACAAAAAAAACUUGUACAUUAACUGUAUAUAAUUACACAAUAAUAACAAUUUACAAAUAUAUAUAAAUAUA